GCCAAUCAGCGUCGGCGCGGAGGUGUCCUCGCGCCGCUACCUCCUCACUCCCCCCCCUCCCACCUCACUCCCCCCGCCCGCGCGGCGCUGCUCCUGCUCCCCGCUCGCUCCCCCGCCCUCCCCGGCCCCCGCCCGCCGCCGCCAUGGACCCGAGCAACUGGAGCAGCUUCAUCUUCCAGCAGAGUCACACACAGAAUCCCCUCCAGGUCGGGGCCGAAAUCCAGUCCCGGUUUUUCGCCUCCCAGGGCUGCACCCAGAGCCCCUUCCAGGCUGCCACCACAGCACCCCCGCCACCCGCUCCAGCCACCUCUGCUGAUUCCCUGCAGGUGGACCUGCUCCCGGUGCUGGCGGCCGCCCAGGAGACGGCCGCAGCCGCGGCGGUGGUGGCGGCUGCCACGGCCUCAGCUCCAGCCGCCUCCACGGUGGACACGGCAGCCCUGAAACAGCAGCAGCCGGGGCCCGAGGGGAGCGGGGGGCAGGUGGCCCCAGCCCCGCAGGCCACCUCCCAGCCCCCCCCGGCCCAGCCGCCCGCGCCACCCCCACCCAGCGAGGCCCAGAAGAAGUCGAAAAGCAAGGGGCCAUACAUCUGCUCGCUCUGCGCCAAGGAGUUCAAGAACGGCUACAACCUCCGGCGCCACGAGGCCAUCCACACGGGCGCCAAGGCUGCCCGCGCCAGCCCCGCCGCCAUGAAGAUGCCCACCAUGGUACCCCUCAGCCUGCUGAGCGUCUCGGCCCUGGGGGCAGGCGGGGGCGGGGCGGCGCCAGGGGCGGAGGGGGGCGGGGCUGCGGGGCUGGUGACCACCACGGCCUCUGGCAAGCGGAUCCGGAAGAAUCACGCCUGCGAGAUGUGCGGCAAGGCCUUCCGCGACGUCUACCACCUCAACCGGCACAAGCUGUCGCACUCGGACGAGAAGCCCUACCAGUGCCCCGUCUGCCAGCAGCGCUUCAAGCGCAAGGAUCGCAUGAGCUACCACGUGCGCUCGCACGACGGCGCCGUGCACAAGCCCUACAUCUGCAGCCACUGCGGCAAGAGCUUCUCCCGGCCAGACCAUCUCAACAGCCACGUGCGCCAGGUGCAUUCGACAGAGAGACCCUUCAAAUGUGAGACGUGCGAGGCGGCCUUCGCCACGAAGGACCGGCUGCGGGCACACACGGUGCGCCACGAGGAGAAGGUGCCGUGUCACGUGUGCGGCAAGAUGCUGAGCGCGGCCUACAUCACGGACCACAUGAAGGUGCACAGCCAGGGGCCCAACCACAUCUGUGAGCUGUGCAACAAAGGGUUCACCACAGCGGCCUACCUCCGGGUGCAUGCAGUCAAGGACCACGGACUGUCGGCCCCGCGGGUGGAGCGCUUCCUGUGCAAGCUGUGCGGCGUGCACUGUAAGACCCCGGCACAGCUCAACGGGCACCUGCAGACGCACGCUGGGGCCGGGGCUGGAGCCGGAGAGGGGCCCGGGGCCGCGCCCGCUGAGGCCCAACCGCUGCGGUGAAUCGCCAGGGACAGGUACGGGCGAGCUGUGCCCCCUGGCAGCAGCAGCGGCCCCGCCCACGUCGGCCGUCACUGUCCUGCCCAUGGAGGGGGCCCCUGUGGUGAGCCAACCGCUCCCCACGCAGCCCUGGUGAUUCGUGGGGGGCAGGAGCUGACCCUCCCCCCAAGGUCGUCCCCCCCCAGCGCCGCUGGAGCCCCCCACGGCGCUGCCGGAACCAGAACCCGCGGCCAGGGAGGAUUGAAUGUUGGGUCCUCUCCUCACGCUUGGCAAAGGGAGGACGCGACACCGGACAGACGGGGGCCCCACCACCAUCCCCUCCCCCCAGAGAGAUGGGGACCGCCCACCUCCCCUGUCCAGACAGGCCACGCAGCCUGCCCUCCCCAACCGUCCUCUUCUCCCUGGACAGAGGGGCCCCCCUCACCUCUAAACCCCCCAGUAGCCCCCCCAAUCCCAAAAUCAAUCUUACUCGAUCCUUGGCUGGGGAAUGGGCCGAGGUCUAUAGGGGACCCCGGUGUCUGGAGGCAGCUGCAUCUGGGCCCUGCGCCCCAAGGUCUAUAGAGAACCCAGGAGUCCUGGGGCAGCUGCAUCUGAGGAAAUAGGGAACCCCUGGCCCAGCCCCAGAGCUCCCACCAGCCGGAUUCAUGAAGGUUCAGGGGAGCCCAGGGCUGGGCUAGCUGGGGGAUGUCACUGAUAUUGCUGGGGGCUGGUACCAGCCCUGGUCCAGUCCCCCCUCCCAUAGGGGAGACCUCCGAUUCCCUUCUGUCCUGGGGUCCCCCCAGUUUCCCCCUCAGCCUUGGCACCCUUCUGUCCAGGGGUCUCCUGACCCCCCAGACCUCCCUCUGUCCCCCCCCCCACCGUUUUCUAUGGGAUUUUAUGAUUUAUUUUGUUUUCUCGUGUUCGUGUUCUCGGUCCAGCCGCGUCUCGCGUUGACUCAGCCCCCGCCCCCCUGCAUGGCCCCCCAACGUCUGGGGGUUCCCCCCGCGCUCUUUUGUAUUGUAUAAAACCACGACGAAUAAAC